AUGUACGACAGAUCGAGCCAGAUUCUGGUUGUAUGCGUUAUCUUCUUUGUUCUCUCUUGGAUUUCUGUUGGGCUACGAGUAUAUGUAAAAGCUCGGUUACUAAAGCAAGUUGGGUGGGACGAUGGAGCCAUGCUCGCUACCUUACUCCUUUUCACGGGGUAUUUGAUAUGUCAACUCGGUAGUCUCGCGCAUGGUAAUGGAAGACGUCGCGAGACGAUGACAGAUGCGACAGCACAGAUAGGUCUGAUGUACUGGUUCUUCUGUGAGCUGUUUUACACCUUAGCAACAUCGAUGUUGAAGGUCGCAAUCGGUCUUUUCUUCUUGCGGAUAGCCAACAACAAGUGGCACGUUCUUAUCAUCAAAGCCAUCAUGUACGCCAGUGGAGUGCUCGGCGUCACAUACUUCGCCAUCGUCCUUUUCCAGUGUCGGCCCAUCUCUUUCUGGUGGGAUCUCAACCCGAAUCAUCAUGGACACUGUUUGAGUGCUUCAGUCAUGGCCGACACCAGUUACGUGGUUUCAGCAUUAAAUUCGGUGGCCGACUGGGUCUUUGGUAUUCUACCGAUUUUCAUCGUCAAGAAUCUGCAAAUGCAUCGUCACCAAAAAGCAGUUGUGGCAGUCAUUCUUGGAUUUGCUGCGGUCGGAAGUUCUGCGACAAUCAUUCGACUACCAUACGUCUGGACUGUCAAGGAGUACAAGGGCGAAUUUCUCUGGCGUACUGCCGAUGUGGCCAUCUGGACUACCGUCGAGGUCGGAAUCGGUAUCACUGCUGGUAACCUUGGAACUUUGAGACCACUUAUGCAACGUCUCAUGUCAUUCAUGGGCAUCUCGAGCUCAACAGGGCGCGACACACGGACAUGGACUAAACGCAACAAGAACGGAAACCACACCUACACUAAUAGCGGGGCAACACCGCUAGAGGACUUCGCUGGCAAGGGAACUAUGAAGACGACCGUCACCAUCCGCGGAGGCGCAUCCCAUGAUGAUCACUGGGGUGGUCUGUCCAGAACGGACAGCGAGGAGGAAAUUGUGCCCAACUCAAACAAGCUACAUGAGGGCGGCAUCCUGCACAGCGUCCAGAUUGACACAUUUGAGGAAAGAGUACAAGACGAGAGAAUUGGAGCUGGCAACACGUCACCACGGCCGACACAGGCUUACGAGAGAGUCUGA